AUGUCGACAACCGUGGAGAAGAUCAAACAAAUCGAGGAUGAGAUGGCUCGGACUCAAAAGAACAAGGCGACGGCAUUUCACUUGGGUCAACUCAAAGCGAAGCUUGCAAAACUAAAACGAGAGCUUUUGACUCCAUCCGGCGGCGGCGGUGGAGGUGGCGUUGGUUUCGAUGUGGCUCGUACCGGUGUCGCCAGUGUGUAUGUAUCGACUGAACGGAUCUUUGAGUACGACAAUAUGCUUACUAGGAGUAGUGGUUUCAUCGGCUUCCCCUCCGUCGGCAAGAGUACAUUAAUGAGCAAAUUGACUGGCCAACAUUCCGAGGCCGCGGCAUACGAGUUCACAACCUUGACAACCGUUCCCGGCCAGGUCUUGUACAACGGUGCGAAGAUUCAGAUUCUCGAUCUCCCCGGUAUCAUUCAGGGUGCCAAGGAUGGUAAAGGUCGUGGUCGUCAGGUCAUCGCAGUGGCCAAGACUUGCCAUCUGAUUUUCAUCGUCCUUGAUGUCAACAAGCCGCUGCUCGACAAAAAGAUCAUCGAGAACGAAUUGGAGGGGUUCGGUAUCAGAAUCAACAAACAACCACCCAACAUCGUUUUCAAGAAGAAGGACAAGGGUGGUCUUGCCAUCACUAGCACUGUCCCCCUAACACAUAUUGACCAAGAUGAGAUCAAAGCUGUCAUGAAUGAAUAUAAGAUUUCUUCUGCGGAUAUUUCUAUCAGAUGUGAUGCCACGAUUGACGAUCUGAUUGAUGUCCUUGAGGCCAAGAGCCGAAGUUAUAUCCCAGUCAUCUAUGCCCUGAACAAGAUUGACUCCAUUUCAAUUGAGGAGCUGGAUCUUCUGUACCGGAUCCCCAACGCCGUUCCCAUCAGUUCCGAGCAUGGCUGGAACAUCGAUGAGCUUCUGGAACAAAUGUGGGAGAAGCUCAAUCUCAGACGAGUUUACACGAAGCCCAAGGGAAGGGCUCCUGAUUACACAGCUCCUGUUGUCUUGAGAUCAAACGCAUGCACAGUCGAAGACUUUUGUAACGCCAUUCACCGAUCGAUCAGGGAACAGUUCAAGGUUGCCAUUGUCUAUGGUCGCUCCGUCAAACACCAGCCGCAGCGAGUUGGUCUCUCGCAUGAAUUAGCAGAUGAGGAUAUUGUCACGAUUAUCAAGCGCUAA